CCGCCGGGCGCGGAGCGGGGCAGUCGCGGCGGGAGCGGCGCCGGGAGCGGGACCGAGCCAUGACCUCCCGCAGGUGGUUCCACCCCAACAUCAGCGGGAUUGAGGCCGAGAAGCUCCUCCUGACCAGGGGUGUCCAUGGCAGCUUCCUGGCCCGGCCAAGCAAGAGCAACCCCGGGGAUUUCACCCUCUCUGUCAGGAGGAACGAGGAGGUGACGCACAUCAAGAUCCAGAACACGGGGGAUUACUACGACCUCUACGGGGGCGAGAAAUUCGCCACCCUGGCCGAGCUGGUGCAGCACUACACCGAGCAGCAGGGCCUGCUCCGCGAGCGCAACAGCAACGUCAUCGAGCUCAAGUACCCCCUCAACUGCCAGGACCCCACCUCCGAGAGGUGGUACCACGGGCACCUGAGCGGGAAGGAGGCGGAGAAGCUGCUGACAGAGAAGGGAAAACCGGGAAGUUUCCUGGUCAGGGAGAGCCAGAGCAAACCCGGAGACUUCGUGCUGUCCGUGCUCACCAGCGAGGACAAGACAGAGAGCGGCGACCGAAAGCCACACGUGACCCACGUAAUGAUCCACUUCCAGCUGGAUGGGAAGUACGACGUGGGUGGAGGAGAGAGGUUCGACACCCUCACGGACCUGGUGGAGCACUACAAGAAGAACCCCAUGGUGGAGAAAUCGGGAGCUGUGGUUCACCUGAAGCAGCCCUUCAACGCCACCCGCAUCAACGCCGCCAACAUCGAGCACAGGGUGAGGGAGCUCAAUAAAAUGGCAGAUCCCAGUGAGAGGGCCAAGCAGGGAUUCUGGGAAGAGUUUGAGAUGCUGCAGCAGCAGGAAUGCAAGCUCCUGUAUCCCAGGAAAGAGGGACAGCGGCCGGAGAACAAGGCCAAGAACCGCUACAAGAACAUCCUGCCCUUUGACACCACGAGGGUGACGCUCCGGGACGUGGACGGGGCCGUGCCCGGCUCCGAUUACAUCAACGCCAACUACAUCAAGAGCAUCCCCGAGGACGGGAGGAGCUCGGAGCACUGCAAGGUCUACAUCGCCACCCAGGGCUGCCUGCAGGGCACCGUCAACGACUUCUGGGCCAUGGUGCACCAGGAGAACUCCCACGUCAUCGUCAUGACCACCAGGGAGGUGGAGAGGGGCCGGAACAAAUGCUUCCGGUACUGGCCGGACAAGGGCUGCUCCAAGGAAUUCGGGGCCAUCCGAGUGCGCCACGUGAGCGAGCGCGAGGCCCAGGGCUACCUCCUGCGGGAGCUGGAGAUCCUGCGGCCAGACAGGGACGAGCUCCCACGGCUGGUGAGGCACUACCAGUACUUCAGCUGGCCCGACCACGGCGUUCCCAACGAGCCCGGGGGGGUCCUGAGCUUCCUGGAGCAGGUGAACCGGGCCCAGCGCAGCAUUCCGGGCUCGGGGCCCAUCGUUGUGCACUGCAGUGCUGGCAUCGGACGCACAGGCACCAUCAUAGUGAUCGAUAUCCUGGUGGAUAUAAUCCACAGGCAAGGUCUGGACUGCGACAUCGACAUUCCCAAGACGAUCCAGAUGGUGCGGAGGCAGCGCUCGGGCAUGGUGCAGACGGAGGCUCAGUACAAGUUCGUUUACAUGGCAGUGCAGCAGUUCAUCGAGGCCGAGCAGAAAAGGCUGGAAGAGGAGCAGAGGAAUAAAAGGAAAGAACGGGAUUACCUGAACAUCGGAUACUCUGCCGCGGAAAAGGGCAGAGCCAAAGGGCAGCCCCCAGCCCCACGGAGCCAGCCUGGGCUGGAGGAGGAUUCUGCUUCUGUCUACGAGAACCUCAACAUCCAGAGCCCAAAGGUUCCGGGAACGAGCAGCUCCGGGCAGUAGCGGAGCUUCAGGAAUUCCAGUGUUUACAUCCACCCUUCCCAAGUUCUGCAGCCGAGGACGAUUUCUUUGCCUUCCUCGCCUUCCCCAACCCCUUGGAUCUGGCCAGGAGGGAAGAACCCACCUGGGAAUCUGCCUUAUCCUAAUUUAUUCCUGAGAAGGAUCUUCUCCCAAAGGAUCUGCAGGUUGAUAUUUAUAUGGAAGUGCCUCUGGACGUGGAUUGGAGCAUCCAAGCUCAGCUUCAGGGUUGUUUUGUUGUUGAUUUUUGUUUUUUUAAUUAUUAUUAAUUAUUAUUUUAAUUUAAAUCCGUAUUUUUUACACUCGAGCUGUUGAAAGGAACAGGAACAGCUUUUUGCUUCCGAGCUUUCCCAGGGUUUUCCACUCAGGGAUUUAGUAAAAUGUUGGGAAACUCCGUGCGCUCCUCAGGUCCAGCAUUUCAGAGCUCCAAGUGGGAUUUUAGCCCAAAUCCUGGAGCAGUUUUGGGGCUGAAAUCCAAUCCUGAACCCCCAGAGCAGUUUUGGGGUCAGAAAUCCAGAGCUGGAACCCCCAGAGUGGUUUUGGGUUUGGGUCCCAGUGCCUGAACCCCCAGAGCAGUUUUGGGGUCCCAGAGCUGGUCCUGAACCCCCAGAGCAGUUUUGGGGUCUGAGGGACAAUCCUGAACCCCCAGAGCAGUUUUGGGGUCCGAAGUGCAGCCUGAAGCCCCAGAGCAGCCCCAGGGCUGGUGCUGAAUCCCUCCUGCAUCCCUGGAAUGGGAUGGAGCUCGCAUUUGUGGGAUGUCAGUGCCAAAGCCAAGGGCUGGACACCCCCCACAUCCCUGGGCUGGAAUUCCUGGCUGAUUUUCCCUCUCCCUGCUCCCAGGGUCAGAACUGUUUGUUUUUAUUGCACUUUUAAUAAAUGUCAGAUAUUCCCAA